UUUAAAACUGUUUGCUGACUUGUGCAAACGAUCUUGCUCCGCAAACCUUGAAACAUACGUGUUGGAAAUAUAUCGAUCAGAGAUGGAUAUCCUUACGGUGUUACCAUCCAGCUUCGGAUAUGCUAUACUGAUUUAUCUCUACAGCUGGAUUAUGCUGGGCUAUUUGGCAGUCAAGGUUGGAGGCGCUAGAAAGAAAUACGACGUCAAGUACCCUACGAUGUACAGCGACAAGGAGCCAGUGUUCAACUGUAUCCAGAGAGCCCAUCAGAACACCUUGGAAGUGUACCCUCAGUGGCUCGUUUUCCAAACCAUUGCAGCCCUUGUUUAUCCGUUAUCUGCAUCUGUGCUGGGAGCUAUUUGGGUGACCAGCAGGUUUUCCUAUGCUUGGGGCUACUACACAGGAGAUCCAGCCAAGAGGAUGAAUGGAGCCUAUGGCUACAUUGGAUUCUUUGGGGUCAUCUUAAUGUCCAUAUCUGUAGCUCUGCAGCUGCUUGGAAUCUUUUAAGAUGAUUGUCAGCUUGCAUUCGCCUAUCUGCCUGCAGAGUUUAUUGCCUCUAAUUGGCAAGCAUAAUAUUUUCAAAUAUAUCACUAGCAAAGUCUAUACAGCUCUAUAAAUGUUAUUCAAAUAUUUUUGUGGACCAGUAACUUGAAAUUCCUCUGGAGCCCACGUAUAGAUUUUUGACUGUCUAUUAGAUGUACUUAACCAUAUCCAGUGAUUACCAGAAAACAGACUGAUGCUAUAGUGUCCAGCGAUUUUUUAUAUAAAUAUCCUGUGGGUUUUGCGCAUUACAGUUUGAGUACUGAAAAGACCGGCUGCAACAGGCUUUGAGAAUCCAUAAGACUCGUCGUGCACAAUGUCUCAGCCCAAAUAUUCCAUCAGUAAGGGACGGUUCCUGCAGACAAUUUACUCCAAUGAAAGAAAAAAAAUGUUCAAUGUCUGUAAGAUAUUUGAUAUGAAAGCGUAAACUAUCAGAAAUGAAAAAUGUCUUUGUUAAUCUUUUUUGUCUUCAAAUAAAUUUCACUGAUUAAAACCUUUA